GAUUCGGCGACGAGUCAUAGCCAUCAGAUUGUUACCGUGAAAUGUAAUUAGUAGUUUUUAUGAAAUGGCCAGGGGCCUUGAUCUCACACCGAGACCCCCGAAUUGGUGCAAGUGUCCCUCCACCCCCCGCUCUUCUUGCCUCCAUCUUCCCCAGUUUAGCACUCUUCCCAUCUUAACCCGAAUAUUAACGCAGUAGAUCGAAGGACGAACGUCACCAUUCUUCUGCAGAUAGAAAAGGCUUUCGAUGUAUAAGGGUUAAUGGGGGUAUCCACAUCCAAGUACUAGGUGAUUGCCGUUAAAUGAGCCGAUGUAUCCACAACCGCAGAAAAAACGAUCAUACUGCCGUGCGAUGAGUUACACAAUCAUGUCGAUGCAGGGUUGAUACUCUACCAUCGCCACUCUUCUUGUCCCUCGUUUGAAUUAUAAUUUAUGCGUACAUGUUGUUCUCCCUUUCCUAUUAUAUCUUAUUUUUGUGCCACCAAGCUCCAUAACCUCACAACAUGGAUUCCGAGCCAGCCGCCCCAGCGUCAUCGCCGUCCUCGAUAAAGAAGUCCGUUAAACAGGCUUGUGAUAAUUGUCGCCGACGGAAAAUUAAAUGCAAUCGAGCUCGGCCGUGUGACAAAUGUCAGCGGCUGCUGCUAUCAUGCUCAUAUAGCGAUAUCUUGCAGCGGAAGGGGCCUAAGUUUCGCACCUUGUAUCCUCUGGCACCACUUCAUCCGCUGGCUUCACAGUAUCCAACUCCUCAGAGUGUUGAGCAGGUGUACAAAUCUAAAUCUCAGUUUCCGCUGGACGGGUCUGUUUCAUCUUUAUCAUGGAAUUAUCCGGCUGGUGAAGGGUACUCGUCUCCCGAGUCCAUGGACUCGCAAUAUGAGCUUCAUAAUUAUCAGAUGCCCCUGCCACAGCCACGAAGACUGUCAUCAACAGUGUUGCUGGCCCAUGUAAACAUAUACUUGAAGUACCUGUAUCCAAUCAUGCCAGUAGUGCGUGCGGAACAGGUGCUCAAUGAUAGCCGCGAGCCUGAAAUGCUCACUCCUCAGCGAUACGCCUUCAUGGCCGCCCUUUGCGCGGCCACUCAUGUGCAGCUCAAGUUAGAUGGUGUCGACGAUGGAACAGAACUUUCAUUACUCGAGCCAGGCUCCUCCAUGUCGGGAGAAGAACUACUUUUAGAAGCCAUAAGUGCCAGAAGACAUUGUGACAUACCCGAAAACAUGAGUCUUGAGUCACUACUUACUUCUUUCUUUCUUUUCGCUGCAUUUGGCAACCUUGACCGUCAGGACCAGGCAUGGUUCUACCUCAGUCAAACGACAUCUAUAGCCCAUACCCUUGGUCUGCAUCGAGAAGCCACAUACUCAGAGCUCGAGGCGAAUAAAGCCGAAGAGCACCGGAGAGUGUUCUGGUUACUGUUUAUCACUGAGAGAGCGUACGCUCUGCAGCAAGCCAAGCCAGUCAUGCUCCGAAACUCUAUAAACAAACCCAAAGUUCUUUACUCCGAUGACCCAGUUCUGGAAUAUGGUUUUCUUAACCUCAUCAACAUAUUCGAAAAGCUGACGCCAGAUCUAUAUGACUGGGUGGCAAUCGGAUGUGAUGAAGCCUUUUCAUCAGGCUCCGUGGCAAAUGACAUCCAACAGAGCCUAUGCGAGUCAGUUCCGUUUGAAGGAAUGAUGCAGAUUCAACAAGUAGAUAUCCUUGUGACGCAACAAUGGCUUCAGGCCAUGAUGUGGAAGCUAUCUAUGGGUAGCUCUCCACGCCCAUCAAACACAGACACAUCGCUACCAUUCCACUUACCUGUAAUGAUCGGAAAGGCACUUAUGGAUGUUGUUGGGUCUGUGUCUCAAAGCGCCAUUGAUGCUCAUGGUAUUGGCAUGGAGCAAAAACUAUACGACAUGGGUAUUUCCAUUGCCGAUGUGACGCGCAAUCUCCGCCCUAACGCCUCAACCCACCUCACAAGCACAGUAGCCGAUCCCAAAGAACUCCUUUGGGGGAUCCUGAACACCCUUAGUCGUAUCCGCGGCUCACGGUCUUAUCUUUUCCCUUCUCUACUCGAACGAACAAGCUGUGUAUUUGGCUUAGAGUCGCCGGCGACCAUGACAAAUACAAUGCGCUACACUCCAGAAGAGAUGUCCCCUACCACUGCUGCUGCUGCUGCAUCAACCUGGCCUGUUGGUGAUGCAGGUUUAAAUUCCUUUCAAGGGCCACUUGGUACCAGCACAGCUUGCAAUAGAUUGCCUAAUGACGGGCGGCAGCAACAACAACAUCAUCAUCAGCAGAACAAUACUGGCCACGACGAUUGUUAUCGACGGGUUUCGAUGGCAUCUCGUGCAUCGCAUCACAGUAUCAAUAUCAAUAUCCCGCCUUUCUCUGACUCGCCAUAUGUUACUUGAUCUAAUGUUAUUAUUAUUUUGCUUAUGUUUAUUUGGAAAGGUCUCCUUUCCACAAAAGAAAAAACACGAUACCAAGGUUUACCCAUGCAGUCAUGUCCUUUCCCCCACCCCUUAUUCUCAAAGGCUUAUGACGGUCAUGACUUAACUUAUACUGCAUGCGGUAUAGAGUUUUACUUCAUCUGUUUUUACUUAUAUCUUUCACUCUUGCUUUUGCUAUCUUGUAUACAAACGACAGUUCUGCGCACUAAAUUACGCGCUUAUACAGGCUUACAGUACACUUGUUUUGACUUGUCUUGUUUUUUUAGCACCAUACCCGUGCGCUGCAUACCGAAAGUCGGGAAGGUUUUGUUGGGAUAUCCUACCUUUGAUCAUUAACUGAUAAUUAUAACCUCCAUUGUCUAAAAUAUACAGAGUUCAACUAAUAGAC